UCAGUAAUUCAGUUGAGACUCGAAUCUCGAGCAUACUGCAUAAAUAAUAGACCUACAAAGAAAUACUUCAAAUAGUUCAAAUACAUUAUUAAAUAUUAAUUGUUAUGUCUAUGAUCUCUAGUCUAAAGUGUCUGUAAUCUGUAUUUUCAAUUCUGUUGUUUGAUUUCAACUUUCAUCUCUGUAUCUUUAUUAUUUUUAUUUAUCUAUUUACUAACAUUAAAAAAAUUUAAAUAAUAUAUUAAAAUGGAAAAAGCAUUAGAAAGUAUUUUUAACACCAAAAUAAAAAAAUUGGAUAUAUCUAUUAAUGAAGGCUGCAUUAAUAAUAGUUCAGUUUAUGAAACAGAAGACAAUAAAUUAUUAUUUGUUAAAGAUAAUUCAAAACCAGGGUCAGAUAAGAUGUUCAAUGGUGAAUUAGAAGGCCUUAAAGCAAUAUGUAGUACAAAUACUAUUUCAACUCCUUAUCCUAUUGCCACUGGCUGCACAAAUAGUGGUCAACAUUUUAUUGUAAUGGAUUAUUGGAAAAUGAGUUCUUUAAAUACAAGUUGUUCAUCAGAAUUAGGCAUUCAAUUAGCAGAAAUGCAUAUGUUUAAUUUAAAAGAGGGUCAACCACGUAUAAACAAAUUUGGAUUUCAUGUUGAAACUUGUUGUGGAUUUUUACCUCAAAAUAAUACAUGGACUGAUGAUUGGAUUACAUUCUACGUUGAAAAUCGUUUAAAUUAUCAAAUACAGUUGCUGCAAUCAAACUCAGGAAACAGUAUAAAAAAAAAAAAAAUCAUUGAAAAUUAUUGGCCUCAACUGAAACAUAUAAUUCCCAAAUUCUUUGAGGGGAUUGAAGUUAAACCUUCACUACUUCAUGGAGACUUGUGGCCAGGAAAUAUUGCUCAAUCAAAUUCAAAACCAGUUAUUUUCGAUCCUGCUACGUUUUAUGGGCAUCAUGAAUAUGAUAUUGCUUCCAUUUCAUUAUUUGGAGGUGUUUCUAAAGAAUUUUUUGAAGCAUAUUUUAAAAGAAUACCUAAGUCUAAUGGGUUUGAAAAUAGAAAGUUGUUAUAUCAUUUAUUCCAUUAUUUAAAUCAUUGGAAUCAUUUUGGAGGAAGUUAUGUCAACUUAACAAUAGAUACUUUUAAAUCAUUACUUAAUUCUUAUUAGUUAUUAAUAUUUUGAUAUAUUUAUAGUCUUGUGAAAUAUAUUUUUUUAUAACACAAUUAUUAAAUGAUAAUGAAAUAUAUUAAAACACAUAAAAUAUAUUAAAAAUUAUUAUGUAACAGUUAUUAUGGUAGAGAGGAGAUACUCUACUACUCUAGCAACUACCACCAGGUCCAGGUGUGAGGGUGCAGGAGUCGUUCUGCAGCUAUUGCCUCAGAUACUAAUGGCUAAUGAUUAAUAAGUAAAAAAAAUGAGGUUUUAAAAACGUUAUAAAAUAUUUUUAUUUUUUAAUUUCCUUUAUGAGUUAUAUGUAUUGUUUUAUGUUUAAUAAAUUAUAAAUAGUUAACACAUGGAAA